AUGAGCUACAGUCUGCCCUGUUCUCCGGGAACUUCUCCCACAUAUUCCAGAGGACUGAUGUCGUACAGGUCCAGAUGCGCCAGUGUAUCCGGUGUCGGUGUCGUUGCCAUUGAUAACAAGAUUGAGCAAGCUAUGGACCUGGUAAAGAAUCACCUCAUGUACGCUGUCCGUGAAGAAGUGGAGGUUUUGAAGGAGCAGAUAAAGGAGUUGUACGAGAGGAACUCUGUGCUGGAGCGAGAGAAUGCAGUGCUCAAGUCUCUGGCCAACUCUGAGCAGUUGAAUAAAGUGUCCAAUCAGUUGACUCAAGUCAACAGCAUCUCUCUACAACAGCUACCGCAACACUCAAAUAAUGGCGCACCUCACCAGCCCAAAAUCACCUCGGCAUGA